GACAGCUGCAAUGAUCAUUCAAAAAGAUCUACAGUCCCAAAACACAGCCAAAAACUUCUAAUUCCUUUUCCUCUCCCGUCCUAAUUUGUUCCAGUACUCUCCAAAGUCUUCAUCAUGGCGAACGCUACAAGAAAAGAGCUGAUUGGCAAGGUAUACAAGAUGAUACCACCAAUGCUCGAGAGCUUUCACAAAGGUCAAUUAGGCCGCGUAGCAGUUAUAGGCGGCAGCGAAGACUACACCGGCGCGCCCUACUUCUCCGCCAUGGCUUCCGCAAAGCUAGGUUGCGACAUGAGCCACGUAAUCUGCGAGCCCGGCGCCGGCGCCGUCAUAAAAUCCUACUCCCCAAACCUCAUGGUGCACCCCUACAUGCGGCAAUCCAAGAACCUCGCCGCCUCCGAGUCCCUCGACACCGUCGCCUCCGAAGUCAUCGCCAUGCUGUCCCGGCUGCACGUAAUCGUCAUCGGCCCCGGCCUCGGGCGCGACAAACUCAUGCAAGACACGUGCGCGCGCGUGAUCGCCGAAGCGCGUAAGCAGGGCAUCCCGUUCGUGCUGGACGCGGACGGGCUGUUCCUAGCGCAGACGCGGCCGGAGCUGGUCGACGGCUGCAAGGAGUGCAUCCUGACGCCGAACGUGGUCGAGUUCGGGCGGCUGGCCAAGGCGAAGGGGGUGGAUGUGGCGGAGGGGAAGCCGGAGGAGCUGUGCGCGAAGCUGGCGAAGGCGUUUGGAGGCGUUACGAUUAUCCAGAAGGGGGCGAAGGAUUAUAUUAGCAAUGGGACGACGACGCUGGUGUCGGAGGGGGAGGGCGGGCUGAAGAGGAGUGGCGGGCAGGGGGAUACGCUGACGGGGAGUCUGGCGACGCUGUUGGCGUAUCGGAAGGCGUAUUUGGAUAGGAUCUGGGAGCAUGAAGGGGAUUUGGGGAGGGAGGAGACGCUGGCGUUGGCGGCGUUUGGGGGCAGUGCGCUUACGAGGGAGUGUUCGAGGUUGGCGUUCAAGGAGAAGGGGAGGAGUUUACAGGCGGCGGAUCUGACGGAGCAUGUGCAUCAGGCGUUCCUGAAUGUUAUUGGGGAGAAGGAGAGUAAGCUGUGAGGAUGGUAUACCUUACUGUGUAAUAUAGCAACAUUCUGAAGCACCCCAUAUGGUGGCUUCAGCUAAAAACUGUUUACUCAAUUCACAACCUGCAAACCGUUAC